GGGAGAAGCAUCUAGCAGUCCCUAUGGCCAACUUGACAAGGAACAAUGAAGAUAGACUCUGGACGUCCAUUUGAUGGGUGCAAGGCUGCUAGAUUUUGCAAUUCUCAGACCAUACUUGCAACAUCCUGCCAUCAGUCAUGACCCAGGUAGUGCUACUGCCAUACAUGCCAACAUUGCACCCUUGUUCUUGCUGCAAGAAAAUUGAACUAAUUCAUAAGCAACUUACAGCAACAGUGACAUCUAAAGGACUGCAAUCAAUUCUUGCCGGUUUUGAACUAAUCCCAAGGUUUAAUUUACAUCUCUUGUACACUAUGGUUAAGAACACAACACUGUUAAAAGAUUCAAAGACAAAAGAUGCUCUCUGUGAUUUAAUGGGGACAUGUGCUACCAAAUACCACUAUACGGUGCAAUCAUGUGUUGUUGGUAGUUUGGUUGGUUCUCCUAUCAUAGAGGUUGGAAGGACAAACCGAAAAGACUAUGUGAAGGACAAAGUUGGGGCUAUAAAUAUCAAACGUUGCUUUCUUGUGGAGCUCGUUGAUAGAUUUGCAAAGUUGAUUUUAGCCAACACAGGUUGUCCUGUAUUUUCUCAGGACUAGUCCACUUAUGAAGCUGUGGAGAAUGUGUUUGUUACCAUAUAUAUCAAGAAAAGUUUGUUUUC